UCCAGAUGCCCCACGGACGGGGCCUGUGCGACCUGCGGGCCGGCCCCCGGCCCCUGUGCGACUGUGACCUCGCCGUGGGCCGCGUCAACUGCACCUGCCCGCCGCACUACCAGGAGGAAAUCGUGCUGCGGUCGCGCGGCCCCAACCACCUGCCGCCCAACGUCCGCGAGCUGGUGGUGCAGGGCUGCGCGCGCGUGCGCGUCUCGCAGGCGGCCUUCGCGGACCUGCCCGAGCUGCGGCGCGUCGUGGUGGCCGGCGUGGGCGUGCUGCACGUCGAGCAGUACGGCUUCAGCUGGAACGAGACCACGGCGUCCGUGCUGCCGCCCGAGGUCUUCCCCAGCCCGGCCGCGGGGCUGCGCAUCAACGUCACCAACUGCACCGUCCCCGAGCUGCCCAGCUUCGCCUUCCUGGGCCGCCUGGACGAGGUCAACCUGCGUGGGCUGCGCGUGGGCGCCGUCAGGGCCUUCGCGUUCGCCAGCCUGCGCGCACUGCGCCGCCUCAGCGUCGUGGACUGCGAGCUGGACCAGCUCGAGUCGCAGGCCUUCAAGAAGUUCACCUUGGACCAGCUGCUGCUGCAGGGCGGCCGGGUGCGCGGCGCCGUGCCCAGCAGGACGUUCCAAGACCUGGACGUGCGCGGCGAGCUGACGGUGGACGGCGUGCACAUGGACGCGGUGCACAGCGCGGCCUUCAAGGUGCGCGGGCCGCGGCGGGUGGCGCUCACGCGCAACUCGGUGGGCGUGCUCCGCGGCGAGGCCUUCAACAUCGUGUCGCACGGCCCCGUGCUCAUCACCAACAACAGGCUGGGCCGUGUCGAGUCCGCCGCGCUCCGCGGCAUCACCGUGGACUGGUUCACGGCCCAGAACAGCGGCGUGCAGGUGCUGCGCUUCGAGAACAACACCCUGUCGGGCUUCGAGUACGGCGCCAUCAUGUUCAACACGACGGGGCUGGACGUGAGCGUGGCGCGCGUCAUGCUGGACAUGCCGUGCGACUGCGCCGCGCUCGACACGUGGGGUCGCGACCUGCUCAACGAGCCGCGCUACCCCGCGCCGCCGCUGCUGCCCGCCGUGGCGCCCGACACGCUGUUCUGCCGGCCGCGCCCCGACCGCCUCGGCGUGGGCUCGGGGCUGGGGGCGCCCGGCGGCGGCUACGUCACCGUCAAGGACUUCAAGGAGCACAGCUGCGGCUUCUUCUCCUUCAACCUGGACGUGCUCAUCAUCGUGGCGGCCGCGCUGGGCGUGGCCGUCAUCGCCCUGCUCGUCCUGGUCGUCAUCUGCUGUCGGCGGCGCGCGCGGCGACGGCGCAAGCGGCGGUGGGACGCCAACGGCCAGGCCAACGGUAACGGCACCAACGGCAUGGCGCGCAUCGGGCCGCCCACCGUCAUCAUGGACAUCUCGGACGACAAGGAGGUGGAGGAGGCGCUGCGCCGCAAGUCCGGCCGCCACAAGCCGGGCAUGCAGUUCAAGCGCGUCAUCCAGCCCAGCGCCGAGGAGGAGCGCCACAUGCUCAAGCAGGCCAAGCAGGGCAAGCAGGCCAAGGGCCAGGGCAAGGGCCAGGGCCCCUUCACCCUCGUCGUCCCCGACGGCCGCGUGUACCGCGAGACGGAGCUGCACGUCAUCGUGGAGCGCGCCGAGCCGCUCCGAGAGCUGCGGGAACGAGAACGAGAGCCCCUCCAGGAGCCAGGGGGAUGACCCCACGCCGCCCCCGGCUCCAUGCCCGGCACCAUGCACACCCCCAGCGCCAUCUUCGACGCCCCCGCCUACGAAGCGCCAGCGCCGGCCAACGGCCUGGUGCUCGGGCUGGCGGGGCUCGGCACGCUGGGGUCGCGCGGCCGCGGCGCCAGAGGGUCGGGGGCGGACUUGACGCGGGGGUCCGACUACGGCGUGGACUACGGCGUGGACUACGGCGUCGUGGACUACGGCGUCGUGGACUACGCGAUGGACUACGGGAUGAGCAACGGCACGAUGGGCAGAGGACCGCGGGCAGGCCUGGUCGGCGGCGACCGGUACCGGACAAUCGUCGGCUACGGCAGGGAGCCAUAGGCCUCCCUUCCCCCAGGCUGCCCUAGGCCCGUCCACUACAGUUCCUACAAGCCACCAAGCUAGUGGCGUCAGAGCGACGAAACCUUUUGUGAUGAGACCCAAAUAAAGCUAGCACAUCAUUCCAAAGCAUUAAGUUAGAGUUUAAAGUAUAGUCGUUAAGGCGAGGACGGGGCCGGGCCACGACGCGACUGCCCCUCCCCUCGCGAGCGAGGCCUUAUUAUCAAAAUCUUGCAAAGUCAAUUCUUGGCUAUUGAGACGCUUUUAAAAAGUGGAAGAAAUGAAGUUAUUUUUUAAAAUUGUGGUGAGUCAUUGGGACACUUGCGAAACUCGCAAUAUAUUGACAUUUUUAUUUGGAUUGUUUUGUUUGUUUCAAUGAAAAGUUAGUCAAAAUUUUUGUAUGAUGGCUUUAAGAGCAUACUGUGUGAUUAAUCUAAGCUUUGUAAGAUAAUAAAUUGAACUUAAAGCUUUUGAUAAUAAUGUGUACAUAAUACAGGAAAUUUUUUUACUUCAAAGGAUCUAUUUAGAAAGAUAAAAAUUUUGAUGAGGCCAAAUGAAUGAUGGUAUUUUAAAAAUCAAACAUUCAAUGAAAGUGUGCCAUAUGAGAGUGUAAAGGAGACUAACUUCCCCAGCAUUCACAAAUGUGCCAAAUUUUAGCAUUUGUGAUUUGAGUCAAGGAGGGAUGCGACUGUUACAUGCAAAGAACAUGUAAGAUCUUAAUCAAGUAAGAAUUCGGGUAAGAAACAUUUUUAGGAUAAGAUCAAAAGUGCCCACUUCUAGUGUGCUGUGAUAGUUUGACUAGACAAAGUUAGAUGCAUAUCACAUAUCCAUAGCCAAAGAUUGUGUUAUGGCUAUGAACACAAUUUCACGACUAUCACCCUGAGUCAUUAUGAAUUUUGCAAUCAGAGUAGGCAGCAUUUCCAUCUUCAGCUAGCACCAUCCAUUGCAAUUAAAUUCUGCUGACACCCCAGGAAACAACGAAGACAACACCCAGGAUUCAUAAAAUUAUUCCAAGUAACCAACAUUCCUUAUACAAAUAAUUAAUUCCAUUCUUCUUAGAUACUUGAAAGAAAAUAAUGUUCUCACUUGAAUGAUGUACUGUUGGGGUUUUUUUCAAGAAUCAUUUCAUCUAUCUUUCACAAUUCUGAGAGUGAAAGGAUAAUUGUACCACCACUCGAACCUUAAGGCCAUAUUAAUGUAAGAAAAACAAGUAAAAUAAGACUUUCAGGGUUAACUUUUAAGUAGUCAACAGAAUGGCACAAAACACAUAUUUUGUGCAUUAUUUGUUUUCCUUCAAUUAAGUUCCUUUCCAUUCAGCGAGACAAAUAUAUUUAAGCCACAAGUCAUUCACUGUACUCAAAUCUUUUUUUUUCUGUUUUUCAGUAUCAGACCAAAGUAAAUUUGAGGCCAUACAGAAUGUCUGGAUGUCUCAAAGCAAGAUCAGUAUUAAGAAACAUGUUUACCGUGAACGAUUGUACCAAACAUUCGUAUUAUUCCGUAGACCCUAAACAUUCUGUUAAGUUUGUACAUUUUAUAAAGAACUGACAACAAUAAAGACACGCCAUAAAA